AUGGCACCACAACCAUUGGAACAGGGAGGAGCGGUGACGAGCUUCAUCCCAACGGGGCAGGAGAUGGCCCAACGGCAGAAUCUGAUCCCGUUAGGACGUUUGAUAGAUUUCAUCAUUCAGCGAACAUACCACGAGUUGACGGUGCUUGCCGAACUACUGCCCCGUAAAACCGACAUGGACCGCAAGAUCGAAAUUUAUAACUUUUCCGCCAGCACACGGCAACUGUUCAUUCGUCUGCUGGCCCUGGUAAAGUGGGCCAACUCGGCAUCCAAGGUGGACAAAUCGGCCAAGAUUAUGGGUUUCCUGGACAAACAGUCGAUGUUGUUCAUAGACACGGCUGAUAUGUUAUCGCGCGUGGCACGCGAAACGCUCGUACACGCCAGGCUGCCCAAUUUUCACAUUCCUGCAGCGGUUGAAAUCCUUACCACAGGCAGCUACUCUCGACUGCCGUCCGUCAUCCGGGACCGGAUAGUGCCACCGGAUCCGAUAACGCCGGCAGAAAAACGGCAAACACUGCAGCGCCUGAAUCAGGUCAUUCAACAUCGACUAGUAACGGGCAGUUUACUGCCCCAGUUGCGCAAAUUUCGCAUCGAAAACGGACGCGUCACGUUCAAGGUGGAUCACGAGUUUGAGGUGUCUUUGACGGUGAUGGGUGAUGCGCCGACCGUACCCUGGCGAUUGCUGGACAUUGAUUUCUUGGUAGAAGACAAGGAGACAGGCGAUGGUAAAGCGCUGGUGCAUCCGCUACAGGUGAACUACAUUCAUCAGCUAAUCCAGGGCCGCAUUGUGGACUGUACGGAUGCGCUGGCGGAAGUGUACACCUGUCUGCAUUACUUCUGUCAAUCGCUGCAGCUUGAAGUGCUGUAUACACAAACGCUUCGCCUAAUCCGCGAUCGGCUUGAUGAUCACAUCCACGUGGACGAAUAUGUCGUAGGUUCGCGGCUAACCGUUUCGUACUGGCGUGAGCUCACCAACAAGGAUCCCAAAUCGGAACUAGGCUAUCGGUUAACCAUUCAGACGGAUCCAAACGAUGCAGCGAAACAGCUUGCCAUCCUGCAUGUACCGUCAAUCGGUAACAAGGAAGCUGACAUUGCCGAUCGUGCCGUCCGCUCGGACUUGCUGUCCAUGGAACGACUGCUAGUGCACACGGUAUACGUGCGAUCUCUUGCGCGCCUCAACGACGUGAAAACUGAGCUGCAGCUGUUCCUUAAGGACGUUGAGUAUCACAUCCAAGGGACACCAGCCAUGCUGACCGUACCGGUGCUUAAUCCAUGCCUUCGCGCCGAACACAUCUACAUUACGGUCGAUACGCACACGGGAAUGUUACGGUGUCAUGUGCCCAAGCAUCUUGAUUGUCCAAUUAUGCCCGAAAUGCAACAUGCACUCAACAACGACUGGUCGAAGCUGCAGCAUCUGAUAUCGGAGUUGCGCUACUGGAUCACGCAACGAAGGUGUGAGAAAACGUUGCAACAUUUGCCAGCAGCAACGCAAGAUCGUUUGCCGUUGAUCUAUCCUCAAAACCACCCGAUCGCUCGAAUGGGACCGCAUAAGGUGUUUAUUCAACUGUACCGGCAUGCCAACGUCAUUUUGAUUGUUGAGCUGAAGGAAAAGAAAACGUGUCCCAACGAAAUGACCUACACCUUCUAUUUGGUGCUGGUGAAACCAUCCUCGGUCGAAGAGGGACAGUCACAGGAUGCGGCAUCCGCCGGUCAAAGCAGUACUACAUCCGGCACCGGAGGACAUGCAUCUGGCAACGAAACGACAACCGCCGCUAUGCCGAAAAUGUACCUUCGCGUGCUAUCGAUGAUUGAGUUCGAUACUUUCGUGGCAACUCAUGGGCCAGGCACGUACAUUGAUGAUCCCAGCACGACUAGCACUAGCAGCAAGCGAAAGAUUUCGCCCCUUGACAGUGCUCUGUCCAGCAUGGGACCUCCGUUAAAGCAGCAGAAAACCAUCUAUCCGGCGUACUUCAUCCCCGAGCUGGCGCAUGUCGUGGCGAUGUGCGACGAGAAGUUACCGUUUGUAACACUUGCCAAGGAGUUUACCAUGCGGAAGAUACCGCACGGUGGUCUCCAGGUGGAAGCGAAUGCAACCUCACUGGUGCUGAAGCUGCUGACACUUCCGCAACCGAAGCCGCCCCAGGCGCCACCUUCUGCUCAGCAACAGCAGCAGCAGCAACAACAGCAACAAUCCGGCCAAUCAGGGUCCGAUUCCAAGGCGGCCGCAGCAGCAUCGGCGAACGAACCGAAAACCGUACAUGUACCACCGAUCGAUAAACAGGUGUGGAAUGCAUUGUUGAAACGUUUGCUUUCUGUAUCGGUACGGGCGCAAGUUAACAAAAGCAAUCAAACACGGCUCUGGACGGUGGAGCUCGUUUUUUACGGUUCGCCACUGCCCAGUCUGCACCACAAGGAACAGGGUAUGCGUCGGGCCGUUUAUCUCCAGUACGAAAUGCAGCCCGUCGAAUCCGUCUCGAAGGUGGUCGAUCAACUGUUGAGCGAUUGGUCGAAGAUUGUGUACCUGUACACGCUGGUGCACGAGUUCCGCGAGCAGUUUAACAACGAAAAGUACAACCUGCAGAGCAUGGUGACGAUCAAAUCGUACAGCUACACCAACCUGCUGCUCGCCUACGGCCCUAACAAGGACGUCAGCGUGAACAUCUGCUGGGACACGGACGCCAAAGAGUUUCGGCUCGUCUUCACCGGUGGCAACAGUGCGAUCAACGCGCACUCGAUGAUGCGCGAUCAGCUGCAGGCGCAUCUGAACCAUAACUACAGCCUGGCACAGAUCGUACAUAUGCUACACGAAACCUAUCAACCGCUCAGUUCGAUCGCGAAAUUGCCGAUCAUACCGCAUCUGGCCAUUUUACAGUCACCCAAGAUCCCGGUACUGUCCUUCUGCAUCAUCCCACAGUCGCCGACGCUGCUGCGCAUCUCCUUCCAGGGUGUGUACUGUUUGGAGGUACGUUUCCGAGGCGGUGGCCUGUGCACCAUUCGGGAUGGCGCGUACAGUCGGUUCGAUCGAAGUCACGUCGUGGAAGAGUUCACCCCAACGCAAGGCCUGAAAGGAUUCCUGUCGAAGUACGUAGACGAAACGGCCGUUUUCCGGCGACGCUCACAGUCCGAGGAUGACAAUCCACCGUCCCCGGUGACGAUGGAGGAUCCGUCCGGACAUGGCGGUGCUGGCGGUGGUACCGGAGGAGGUAAUAAUGGUGGCGCUGGUGGUGGCGGUGGUACAGGGGGUGGUUCAAACACGUUCCUCAGCGGAGGUACUGGUAUGAGAGGCCCACAGAGUCCGCGCGACCCGGGUCUCCGCUUUGCGGCGCCUCUAACACCGCCCACCAGCUCGAACCCGCACACACCGGCUAGUCCGCAUCCGAUUGGUGGUGGCGGCGGUGCAGGUGGUGCUGGUGGUGGAGGAGCUGGAGGUACGGGGGGUCAGGGUGGGCAGCAACAAGGUCAUAUGAAUAAUUUCAACAUGACUUCACCGCCAGCAUCUCACAUGCCGCAUCCGUCACCGAGCGGAGGACUCAUGCCAUCGUCCCCACUGAAUGCACAACCAAGCCCGAUGGCAGCACACUCGCCCGGCCCUAGCAGCUUGCCGUACAUGCAGAGCCACACGGACGGCAGUCCAUUCGCAGCCCUCUCGCCAGCCGCAUCGAACUGGCCCGGAUCCCCGGGAAUGCCUCGACCAUCACCGCGUCCCGGUCAAAGUCCGGAACAUAAAGUACAAACGUCCCAUCAUUACACGUCGCGUGUUUUGCCCGCGCGCUCGUGGGCUGGUGCGAUACCGACAACGCUGACUUAUGAAGCGCUCGAUACACUUUGUCGAGCAACGUCCCAUCCGCAAAAGGAAGUUCCGGGACCGGAGUUGAGUCCGCUCGAGCGCUUCCUCGGUUCGGUGUUUAUGCGCCGGCAGCUACAGCGUAUGAUUCAUCAGGAGGAAAGCCUGAUGGCAAUUACCUCGAAUGAACCGGGUGUUGUGGUAUUUAAAGCGGAUUGUCUGCAAUACCAAGUCUUCCUCAAUCCCAACCACAUGCAAUCGCUGCACCUGAAGGUGGACCAGCUACCGAUGGGUCCCAUGAUGGACGGAAAGCCUCCGUACCAGUGGGCCGCUCAAGAUCUGCAAAUCUUGGAACAGUUCUUCGAUCAGCGUGUGGCCGCACCGCCCUACCGUCCCGCGGUUAUGACCAGCUUCACGCGCAUGCUAAACCUACCCGCUAAGGUGCUAAAGGACUUUAUCCAGAUAAUGCGCCUAGAUCUGAUGCCGGAGCUAGUGCAGGGCAACAAGUGGAACGUGCAGUUUGUACUGCGCGUUCCACCAUCGGCCACACCGAUCGUACCUGUCGGCACCACGACGAUCCUGUCCCACAGGCAGAAGAUACUGUUCUUCAUACAAAUUACGCGCGUCCCGUACAUGCCGAACAUGGAGUGGAAAGAUGCGGUUACGAUGCUGCUCCCGAUGGUGUACGAUAUGAACAUGAACCACACGACACUGGCCGAGCGGCGCGAACCGAUGCCACCGCAGCUGAACAGUGCCGUCAGUGCGCACCUGCGCCGUUUCUCCGAAUGUUCCGUACUGUUGCCCGAUGAAUGUUCCCUCUUCCCAGCCGUACACGAUUUGCUCCUAACACUAACACUACCGAACGAACCGCCGGCACCGGGACAAAUGCAGAUGCAGAUGGGUGGAGUAAUGCAACCUGGAGGCGGACCGGGUGGUCCGGGCGGACCCGGCGGUCCGAUGGGAGGACAGAUAGGAGGGCCCUCGCCGCAAGUUGUGCCCCAGGUUGGUUCUAGCCCGGGUCCAAUGAUGCAUUCGCCGAUGCAACAGAUGGGCGGUGGCGGACAGCAACCAGGUGGUUACGGUGGUAUGGUAGGAGGUCCCGGUGGUGGCCCACAAUCGGGCGGCCCUGGCGGUGGUGGUCCCGGUGGACCAAACUAAACGGAGGUGUGUAAAUGGAGGCAGUGUG